AGUGAUAGUAGCGUAUAGCAUAGCAUACAGAAUGUCCGGCGCCGACUCCGACCCUGACAUAAAACCCUCUCUCACCGACGCCGAGAUUUCUCGCUUCAUCGGUCUCGUCGACAUCGAUAGAUUACGCUCUUAUAACUUCACAGAGGAUGAUAAAUCUCGCAUUGUUGCUCUCUUCGACCCCGACUCAGCAAUCCCAGAAAAGCGUAUCGCCCUCAUGAUUGGCAUGUCUAUUAUGUCCCCAUUUUAUGCGGGUUUUGGCCUCCAUUGCAUAUAUAAGGUUCUCAAAGAUUUCCUACCUUUUGCAUACAAUGGCAUUAACAUUGCUGCUCAGAAGAAGCAGGCGCAACUUUCAGAGAGGUGCAUUAGUUUGUCUAGAUAUUCAAGAACUCCGGAUUUGAAGGGUCUUAAAGACAUUGGAGAAACCUACUUUGCAGAAACCUACACGGUCUUUAGACAGGAGUCACAGGACAACUUCAAAUAGGUGUUGAUGGCAUUGGCAAGGUCUUUUCUUAUAUACCAUGAUUACCUAGCUUUUUGGAACACUUAUCAAAUCAUAAUAUACAUGUCGUAGCAGAAGUGAUUAAUUUUCUAGAGUCAAUAGAGCAAAUAUAAAUGUUUGGUGAACAACCAUAGAGGUGUAUCAUUGUUGAAUGUACCCAUAGAGGUGUUAUUGAAGCUUGUCUUUAGAACACUUGUGAAUCAUAACUUUUAACGAAUUGAUUAUGCAACUUUCAA